CCUCCUCCCUCCCGCCGCCCGCGCGCCUCCCCCCGCGGAGCGAGUGCGGGUCACCGGGUCACUGGGUCAUUGUCUCCGCGCCCGCACCCCGAGCGCCCCGUGGAAUCCCCCACGUCAUCAUCAGCACCAUCAAUGAGAUGCAAACAUGAAAGACAAGAGGAAGAAGAAGGACCGCACCUGGGCCGAGGCUGCCCGCCUGGCACUAGAAAAACACCCCAACUCACCAAUGACAGCAAAGCAGAUACUGGAAGUCAUUCAGAAGGAAGGAUUAAAAGAAACAAGUCUGGUUUCAGACCCCGGCAUGGCUUGGAGACAGCGUUGGUGUGUAUGAAGGAUCUUCCUCGAAUGAAGGAUUUGGGACAACUUUCCGUGAUGAUUAUAUUAGAGCCUCAGCUGCUUUCGUGUUGGUCAUGAGGUGAUGCUGAACCGAAUGCUUGAACUAGCAGGAGUGGCUGGGAUUGCGUUGGAGUGGUUCCGUUCAUUCCUUCCGGAGCCUUCUUCCCUGUGAACAGUGACUGCCUCUCCAUGUGUUCUUGCUGAAGUUUUAGUCUACUUAUUCACCCUUUUGCUUGGGGCUAUUGUAAGCAGAGCAGCCUGACUGCAUUAAUAAAUAUUUUUGAGGCUGAUGGCUGAUUUUUCCUGAAAUGGAACCUCUCCAUUAGCCUGUCUGAAUGCAAUGCUUCACACUAACACUCGAAUAGGGGAUGGAUCAUUCUUCAAAAUCCCUGGAAAGUCAGGCCUCUAUGCUCUCAAAAAAGAGGAGUCGUGCCCAGCAGAUGGAACUUUGGAUUUAGUCUGUGAAUCUGAGCUGGAUGGCACAGAAAUGGCUGAGGCAAAUGCCAAUGGAGAGGAAAAUCGAGUAUGUACGAAGCAGGUAACUGAUGAAGCAUCUUCCACUCGAGAUUCAAGCCUUACUAACACAGCAGUGCAAAGCAAGUUAGUGUCUUCCUUUCAGCAGCACACCAAAAAGGCUCUGAAGCAGGCUUUGAGGCAGCAGCAGAAAAGAAGAAAUGGAGUCUCAAUGAUGGUAAACAAGACUGUCCCUCGUGUUGUUCUGACACCAUUAAAGGUGUCUGAUGAGCAAUCGGAUUCGCCUUCAGGAUCCGAAUCUAAAAAUGGUGAAGCAGACAGUUCAGAUAAAGAAAUGAAACAUGGGCAGAAAUCUCCCACUGGAAAACAAACAAGUCAACACUUAAAACGAUUAAAAAAGUCUGGUUUAGGACACUUGAAAUGGACCAAAGCUGAGGACAUUGACAUAGAAACCCCAGGAUCUAUUCUUGUCAACACUAACUUGAGGGCAUUAAUAAAUAAACAUACGUUUGCUUCCUUACCUCAGCAUUUCCAACAAUACCUCCUUCUUUUGCUCCCAGAAGUGGAUAGGCAGAUGGGAAGUGAUGGAAUUUUACGCCUCAGUACUUCAGCUCUAAAUAAUGAAUUCUUUGCAUAUGCAGCACAAGGGUGGAAACAGCGACUGUCAGAAGGAGAGUUUACCCCUGAAAUGCAAUUACGAAUAAGGCAAGAAAUUGAAAAGGAAAAGAAAACAGAACCUUGGAAAGAAAAAUUCUUUGAGAGGUUUUAUGGAGAAAAGUUGGGCAUGUCAAGAGAGGAAUCUGUGAAGCUCACUUCUGGACCAAACAGUGAUGGAGCCGAAGGUAGUUCCUCAUGUGGGACCUCUGGCCCUCCCGGUUCUUCUGCACAGGCCCCCUUGGAAGAACAGCACCCCAAAAGUAUGGAAAAUCCACCUUCUCCAGAGCCAGAUUUCUGCACUACACUUUGUCCGAUAAUAGAAGUUCCAGCUAAAGAUGUAAUGGCGGAAUCAGAGUCAGUGGAUAUCUUGAUCCCUGAGGAGUCUGUGAUUCAGGAGGAAAUUGCAGAAGAGGUAGAGACUAGCAUUUGUGAAUGCCAAAAUGAAAAUCACAAGACUAUAACUGAAUUUUCUGAGGAAUCUGAAAGUCCAACCACCUCUCAUGAGGAGCCCCAAUUAGCACCUCCAGAAGAUAACUUGGAAUCCUGUGUUAUGAUGAAUGAUGUUUUAGAAACUUUGCCUCAUAUUGAAGUACAGAUAGAAGAGAAAUCAGAUUCACCCCAGGAAGACAUGUCAGUUGUUAUUGAUCAAAUAGAAGCCUGUGACUCUCUUGUUCCUUCUACUUCAUCUGUGACUCAUGUCAGUGAUGCAGAACACAAGGAACCAGAAACUGCAGUAGAGACCAAUACUCCAAAAGUAAAAACAGGGUCAUCUUCUCUAGAAGGCCAAUUUUCAAAUGAAGGAAUUUCUGUAGACAUGGAGCUCCAGAGUGAUCCUGAUGAACAGCUUUCUGAAAAUGCCUGCAUCUCUGAAACCUCCUUCUCUUCUGAGAGCCCAGCAGGAGCCUGUACCAGCCUACCAUCUCCAGCAAGAGAAAUCCAAUCUACACCCGAAGAAUCAUGUACUCCAGCCUCCCUGGAGACAACAUUUUGUUCUGAGGUCUCCAGCACUGAAAACACGGACAAAUAUAAUCAGAGAAAUGCCAUGGAUGACAACCUUCAUACAUCUUUGAUGUCAGAAAUAUCUCCAAUAUCCACAUCACCUGAAAUAUCAGAAGCAUCUCUUAUGUCCAACUUACCACUAACAUCUGAAACAUCACCAGUAUCCAACUUACCUUUAACUUCAGAAACAUCACCGAUGUCUGAUUUACCUUUGACAUCAGAUACUUCUUCAGUGUCUUCCAUGCUUCUCACCUCUGAGACCACUUUUGUAUCCAGUUUGCCACUUCCUUCAGAAGCAUCUCCAAUUUCUAAUUCUUCCAUGAAUGACAGAAUGGUGCAUCAACAAAGAAAGUCACCCUCUGUGUCUGAAGAGAUGCUCUCUCCACAGAAAGGUGAACCUUCUGCCCCUGGCAAAUCCCUGGGAGAGAACCUUAUCUCCCAGCAGAAGACUCUCUCCAAUACUUCUGAACCCAUCAAAAUGUGUUCUUCUGCCAUUGCUCCUGAAGCAUUUCCAUCUGAAGAACUGCACAGUAAGACCCUGAGUCAGCAGCCUUGUAAAUCACAUAUUGAAAUUGAAAAGCCCUAUCCUCCAUCCAUUGCAGAACUUCCAUCUACAGAAGUGAUGAGAGUUAAAAAUCACAGUGUCCUGCAAAGAACAGAAAAGAAAGGGGUGUCCUCACCAUUGGAAUUAUCUGUCUUUUCUGAAGAUACUGACAGUAAGGGAAAUGAGCCUCCAUCAACUAAAUUACAGGACAAACAGUAUGUCUCAUCAGUGGAUAAGACUUCAUUUUCAGAAGGUUUGAGAAAUAAAACACAUAAGCAAGGGAGCACACAGAAUCGAUUGGAGACCUCACAUACUUCCAAGUCAUCAGAACCCUCCAAGUCACCUGAUGGCAUAAGAAAUGAAAGUAGAGAAUCAGAGAUAUCAAAGAGGAAAACUGCAGAGCAGCAUAGCUUUGGAAUCUGUAAGGAAAAGAGAGCUAGGAUAGAGGAUGAUCAGUCAACCCGGAAUAUAUCAUCUAGUAGCCCACCUGAGAAAGAACAGCCUCCAAGAGAAGAGCCUAGGGUCCCCCCUCUCAAGAUCCAGCUUUCCAAAAUUGGGCCACCUUUUAUCAUCAAGAGCCAACCAGUGUCCAAACCAGAGUCUCGAGCAUCCACUAGCAGCACAUCUGUCAGUGGAGGGAGGAACACCGGAGCCAGGACCCUGGCAGACAUCAAAGCUCGUGCCCAACAAGCCCGUGCACAGCGUGAGGCUGCCGCAGCUGCUGCUGUAGCUGCUGCAGCCAGCAUUGUCUCUGGAGCCAUGGGAAGCCCAGGAGAGGGUGGGAAGGCAAGAACCCUGGCACACAUCAAGGAACAGACCAAGGCUAAGCUCUUUGCAAAGCACCAAGCACGAGCCCACCUCUUCCAGACCCCUAAAGAGACGCGAUUACCUCCUCUCAGCUCCAAGGAAGGGCCUCCAAACUUGGAAGUCUCUUCUAUCCCUGAAACAAAAAUGGAAGGUUCUACUGGUGUCAUUAUUGUCAAUCCAAACUGCAGAUCUCCUAGCAACAAGUCUGCACACCUCCGGGAGACCGCCACUGUAUUACAGCAGUCUCUUAACCCUACUCAGCUUCCAGAAACUGCCACUGACUUAUCCGUGCAUAGUUCUGAUGAAAACAUACCUGUGUCACAUUUAUCUGAGAAAAUUAUUUCAUCUACCUCUUCUGAAAAUAGCAGUGUGCCCAUGCUUUUUAAUAAAAAUCCUGUCCCUGUGUCUGUUUGCAGCACUGCUAUGUCGGGAGCAAUUAAAGAACAUCCCUUUGUGAGUUCUGUUGACAAAUCCUCUGUUCUAAUGUCUGUUGACAGUGCAAACACUUCAAUUUCUGCUUGUAAUAUAAGUAUGUUAAAAACCAUCCAGGGAACUGACACUCCAUGCAUAGCCAUUAUACCAAAAUGUAUUGAAAGCUCCCCUAUUCCGGCCACUACAGAGGGCACCGGCAUGUCAAGCCCCAUGGAUGAUAAGCCCUUGCUAGUACCAAGCAGCAGUGCUACUAACUUAGUCUCCAGUCACUACACCUCUGUGCCAACUCCCUCGAUUGGAAAUACUUUGCCAAACCAUCUCUCCACUAGCUCUGUCUUGAUUCCCCCAACGGGAAUGAACAACAGAUUUCCUUCUGAGAAGAUAGCCAUGCCUGGGAGUGAAGAACAGGCCACUGUAUCCAUGAGUCCCACUGUGAGAGCAGCCCUCAGCUGCAGCGAUUCAGCAGCAGUCACCGACUCUCUGGUUACACGCCCAUCUGUCGCAAUGUUUACUGGAAACAUGCUAACUAUAAACUCUUAUGAGAGUCCUCCCAAAUUAAGUGCUGAAAGCUUGGACAAAACUUCAGGGCCUCGAAACAGGGCAGACAAUUCUGGGAAACCUCACCAGGCACCAGGGGGCUUUGCACCAGCAGCCAUAAACAGAUCGAUACCCUGUAAAGUCAUCGUCGACCACAGCGCCACGCUGACCUCCAGUUUGUCUCUUACUGUCUCCAUUGAAAGUACAGAAGCCAGCUUGGACCUCCAGAGCAGGUCGGUGAGGACAGAAGUAUCUCUACAGCCCAUGGCAUGUCCUCAGGUGUCUGUUAUUAGCAGGCCCGAGUCAGUGGCCACUGAAAGCAUAGAUCACAGUUCUAGUUUCAUUGCUGCUUCAGCAGCCAAACAAGACUCUAAAACCUUGCAGGCCCCCUGCACCAGUCUCCGAGAAUUACCCCUUGUUCCAGAUAAAUUAAAGGAGGUGACUGCUCCUAGUCAUAGCUUUGCUGAGCAGGCAUGUAACCCAACUACUUUCAAAAAUGAAGCAGACACAACUUGUAGCAAUCAAUAUAACCCAGGAAACCGGAUUUGCUGGAAUGAUGAUGCCAUGAGGAGCACAGGACAGCCUCUGGUUAGUCACUCGGUUUCAAGUAAACAGAGAGAAUACCCUGAGCAGAGUUGCCCCAAGGCCAUCAAAACCGAGCACAGCAGCUACUCCCAUGUGCCAGAACUCCAACCCAGGAAUCUCAUAACCAAUGUCAGUCUUCCUGUGAAGUCGGAACCUCAUGAAGUAGACAAGGGCUUUAGAAUGGAGACUGAAGACUUCUCUGGCCCUGAGCUGCCUCCCCCGGCUGCAGAAGUGGUCUCCAGUGUGCAGCAAACACAGAACGUUAAAGCUUCCACCUCGAACCCCAUGGAAGAGGCUAUUUCCUUGGCUCCAGACACGCUGAAAAGAGUUCCUAGUACAGGAACCUCAAGCUGUCGCCUGUCAUCCGUGGAGGCUAACAAUCCACUGGUGACACAGUUACUGCAGGGCAACCUGCCUCUGGAAAAAGUGUUGCCACAGCCCAGGUUGGGAGCCAAGCUUGAAAUCAACAGGCUUCCGCUGCCCCUUCAAACUACCUCAGUGGGUAAAACCGCACCAGAGAGGAACGUUGCUGAGGUGCCGUCCAGCUCUCCAAACCCAGACGGCAAGGGCCAUUUGGCAGGGACACUUGUGCCAACACAGAUGAGAAAGCGAGAAAACCACCCCAAGAAGAGAGUAGCCAGGACUGUGGGGGAGCACACUCAAAUUAAGUGUGAACCAGGGAAAUUGUUGGUGGACCCCGAUGCUAAAGGAGUACCAUGUGUCAUCAGUUCCGGCAUUAGCCAGGUAGCACACAGCCAGCCAUUUAAGCAAGAGUGGCUGAACAAACACUCCAUGCAGAACAGAAUUGUGCACAGCCCUGAGGUCAAACAGCAGAAGCGGCUGCUCCCCGCCUGCAGCUUCCAGCAGAGCCUGUUUCAUGUGGACAAAAAUGGCGGCUUCCACCCUGAUGCUGGUACCUCACACAGACAGCAGUUUUACCAAAUGCCUCUGGCUGCCAGGGGCCCCAUGCCCACUGCAGCUCUACUACAGACGCCUUCCAAGACCCCAGUGGGCUGUAAUGCAUUUGCCUUCAAUAGGCAUCUUGAACAAAAGGGACUGGGAGAGGUUAGUCUUCCAUCAGCACCUCACCAGCUAAGGCUAGCCAACAUGUUGUCCCCCAGCGUGCCCAUAAAAGAAGGCGAUGAUGUGGGAGGCGCCAUGCACACAAUGCCCAACAAAGCACUCGUGCAUCCUCCACUGCCGCCACCGCCGCCUCCCCCGCCCCCUCCCCCCCCUCCACCCUUGGCCUUGCCCCCACCGCCGCCACCGCCACCGCCACUGCCACCUCCACCUCUCCCCAGUGCAGAAGUCCCAUCCGAUCAAAAGCAACCGCCAGUUACCAUGGAAACCACUAAGAGACUUAGUUGGCCGCAGUCCACUGGCGUAUGUAGCAAUAUAAAAUCGGAACCUCUUUCUUUUGAGGAAGGUUUGAGCAGCAGCUGUGAACUGGGAAUGAAACAAGUUUCCUAUGACCAGAGUGAAAUGAAAGAACAGUUGAAAGCAUUUGCGCUAAAAAAUGCAGAUUUCUCUUCCUAUCUGCUUUCUGAGCCCCAGAAGCCUUUUACUCAGUUAGCUGCUCAGAAAAUGCAGGUGCAGCAACAACAGCAGCUCUGUGGAAAUUAUCCGACAAUACACUUCGGUAGCCCGAGCUUCAAAAGAGCAGCAACUGCAAUUGAAAAGUCCAUUGGGAUUUUGGGAAGUGGUUCCAGUCCCGCCACGGGCCUGCCCGGUCAGAACGCUCAGAUGCCCGUUCAGAACUUUGCCGACAGCAGCAACGCGGAUGAGUUGGAACUGAAAUGCUCUUGCCGGCUGAAAGCCAUGAUUGUGUGCAAAGGCUGCGGGGCCUUCUGCCAUGACGACUGCAUAGGCCCUUCCAAACUCUGUGUAGCUUGCCUGGUGGUGCGAUAAGAGCACAGUGAAAGAUGCAGUAUCCCUUUCAACCCGGAAAAGCCAAACAGCAUCAGCAACAGCAAAUUGAAUAAUGCAAUGGCUCAUAUGCUAAUUUAUUUUACUCUGGAACCGAUUAUCUUUUCUCUAUAGGAUUAUGAUUUUCUUGCAUUUCUCAUACAGCAGAGGAUGCAUCCCCACUGAAUGGCUCAACAGUGUCUUUUAUGUGUUUAGUUGCCAUUCCUGGCUCUAAAAAGUGUCUGUCUGUUUAUACAGUUCACUGCCCCAUGCCCCCACCCUUUUAACCCAGGUGUAGAUAGGAAAAUGACAUUUUUACUUGCUGAAUCACCACAAAUGCAACUGUAGAAAGAGAAUGAUAACAGUAAGUUAAGCUGGUCAUGCAUUUUUCUAUAGAUAAGGUGAUUACAGCAAAUGUCUUUACAGAUGACUUUUCCAGACCCACCUCGUCCAAAAUGACUAAGUUGUAUUUGGAAUGAGGAAUCUGAUUCCUGUAUUUACUCAUAUCCAGAAGAUACAUUAAAGGAGUAUACCACUAAUGAAACCCACUGUCCCUGUUCUCUCUCCUCCCUUCUUACUCUUUCUCAAAGACUAUGGCAGAAAAUCUGGAUCUGCCUUGGAUUUUGUACACAGAUUAUUGUGAAGUGUGUUCUGCACCUAAAACUGCAGAAUGGGCCUUGUGUCCAGUAGCCUGGAUCAAGCCCAGAGACACCUGACAGAGUAUGAUCGCUUGGCCAACAAAGAGCUGAAGGCUCAGAGGAUUUUUGGAGCUUCGUGUGUCUUUUAAGGGCCAUUAUGAAAGAAACACGCCCUCUAAUUGAAAGCAAAGAAAGUGCUAUAUGUGCAUGCAUAAAUGGGUUGAUAAUGUAAAUAUUAGUCAUUCUAUUCACUCUAAUUCAAAUGCUAAAUAUUCCAAUCAGAAAAAGCAAUAGUAACCCUUAUUAAUGACACCACUGCUUGAGGCCUCCACCUAUAUGGAAGUUGGCCAUCUCUUUUUACAAGUGUUGUUGAUGAUAAAAGGGACUACAAAAGGAUGAAGUGUGACUUUUUCAGAACCAUCUUUUUCCUCAUGAUUGUAUAUGAUUCUAGCCCUUAUUAAAAAAAAUUAUUAUUGCAUGUUUUGCUUUGUCCCCCCUCUUUAAAUCUGGGGGAGUGGUACUGCUCUCAGAAAAGGGAUACUGCAUCUUAAAAUUAUCAUCAGUGUUUAUCCAGCAUGGUUUGAGUGUCAAGUAUUUGAGCUACAUUCCUUAUAUUCUGGCCACCCUCCUCCUGGAGAACAGCUGUAGUUUUAGGAGGCUCUGUUCCCAAAAGCAAGUUCAAAAGCACACACAUAUUGUGAGAAGAUGAAAGAAAGCAAAACCACACCCAUUUAACUUCAGAUUACACAGCACAAAAUGUGGAGUGCCAUUAACCAGCUGAUUGAUUCUGGCUGUAGAAUUAAAAAAAAAAAAGAUGGGGGGAGUAUCAUCUCUAUCCAGGAUAAGCAUGACAGACAUUUUCACAUGUGAUCACUUGAAUUAAUGUAAACUUUUUGACAUGAUAACAUGUCUUAAGAAUUAACUGGAAUGAGUAGAAAUUACAUUCCUGAAAGAAACAAAAAUACUUGCAACUUUUUAAUGAUAAUCAACUAUGAUAUUUUUUCCUUCAUAUUGUUGUGAUGUUGCCAAAUUUCUUUAGGUGACAGUGAUGUCGUUUUUAUUAACAAGUUGAUAGUGAGAGGUACUAUAUCUUAAGAAAGAACAGCAAAGAAAGACCUGCCCUGUGGCCAUGAUUUGGUGGUGGUUCAGUAAUGUUUCUUCUGCUUUUCAUAUUAAAAUUAACAACUGAGAAAGUUAGCAACACACUCAACCAGCUCUUCCCAAUGAAUGCAGUGUGAGUGCCAGCGGAUCCUUAGGUAAGGGCACACCAAGUUGCAUUUGGAUGGUGAUGUCUAUCAGCGAUGUCUCUAUGGUCUGCUUGACUGAUAUCAUCUUAAUCUCGAAGAUCAUGCUCUUAGCCUCAUAGCAGGCCACCCCUGUAAUAUAGACACUUGCAUGUCAACUUCUUCCAAAUUGAGUCGCUGCUAUACCAGUGUCAGAUACUGUCUACACCAGCAGAUUGAAAAGUACCACACCAGUAACUGACAUAUUCUGACAGAAACUCCAGCCUACAAAACCUUUGUGCUCUAUAUGAGGUACAAUUGAGGCUGACGCGACCCUAAGCUCAUUGUCAGCUCUGUCUGUCACUGUUGAAUAUUGCCUGCAAGUUUCUUACUGGGAAUACGUAAAGUGUCCUUCUGUAUGUUUGGAAUUUUUUCACAUAACAGGUUUGGAGAAAUCAGUUGUGGUAGUGCAUGGAUUCUAUUGCCCAGGUCCAAAGAGCAUAAUUUUUCUGUGCCCUUGCUCUCUUUCACCCCAGUUCAAAUUUGUAGUAUUCUCAUAUGGUUCCUGUCACUGAAAAAAUUAAUAUCUUUGAGCUAAAAAUAAUGAGAGAAAAGAAAUUCAGAAGUAAAAUGUGGGUGAGCUAUGUUAUGGGUGUCCAUUGAAUAUAUAUUAAUAUAUAUUAAUGUGUAUAUUAAUAUAUAUGAUAUAUAUACAAGAGCCAGUAUAUUUGAAUUAGGUGAGUAGGUUCUUAGUUUCCUACUUUCUACAUGUCUCUGCCUAUGUACAAAUAGAGUAUGUAAUUUACUACUUGGUUAUUGUGGUGUAAUGUACAAAUUUCAGUGUGUGCAUUAUCCUGAUUAUGGGACACUAUUAUAUCCCUAUCAGGAAUAGGACUUGCACAUUUAACGUAUUUUUCUUUAAAUCACAAAGGAUGUAUUUCCCUAAGCAGCACUUUUGGAGCAGGGGAAGGAAGAAAACUGCUAUUCCCUAAUCCCUCUCCUAUAUGAUAUGCAUAUGCCUGAGGUGUAUAAAGACAUUUAGGUAGUCAAUGGGCAUGUUAAUAAGAGAGUUCUGAUGCAAAUUCAUUUUCAAAAUGAAAAUAUUUUUCCUUCCCCAAAGUGAGAGUAGCAGAAAUUUUGGUGAAUCUAGCACUGUAGUUACAUAUAUUUCCCUGUUAAGGUCUAGUUUGAAGAAAAACUUGAAAACAAACCUAUAAGGUUGAGCCUGGUUGCUAUAAAGACUUUGUGAUGUUGUGUGUUUCUGGGAUGAGCUACAGGACAUGUAGUUGACUUCUGGACCUGGAUAUUCUUACUCAGUUCAAAAUAAACAUACAGAAACAAGCUGGUGCCCAUGGUGCUUUAUAAUGCAGUCGAGAGUCAAAAUCCAGGUUGCUGCAGCCCCAUUUCCUUUGCAAACACUCACACAAUUUCAAAAAAGGAAGUUGUUGUGGCCUCUAGUUUCCUGGGCUUCUCAGGGGUAUGGUGAGGUCCCAGUUUUAGGAGCUGAAGCCCAGCUUAGGGGUGCAUGUUCCUGUGGUGCUGAGGCCCAGCACCGCAGUGGCCGCCUGGGGGAGUGACCCCUGCUGACCGUGCCGAGCGAGCUCAGCCUCGCAUCCACCCAUGUUCCCAGAGAACAAUGUGAAGAGUCCUAGAACAGGAACUCAGCAGACUGUCAGGGGCCUGUGUAGCCAAAAUGUUACUGAUUAUAAAAAUCUUAUUGUCUUCAGUCCUCAUGCUUUGUCACUGUAAAGCAAACAAAAAGCAUUUUUAAUAUAAUUUAAAGGAGCUGCUUUUUUAUAGCACAUACUAUUUUGCUUUGUACUAUAUUUGAUAGUUGCAGAAUAAUUUAGACUGUAGAAGAACUUUGUUGUAUUUGUACUGUUUAUGAAUGUUUCAAAGAAAGUGCUUUACUUGGUUGCCAUAAUUUUCUUGUACUGCUGUAUUUUUCCCCAACUUCAUGGAAACCUAAUCUGAUUCAUACUUUCAGUACAGUUGUUGUUUUUUUUAAAUGUGUUUGUGUAUUUUUUUCUUUUUGGUCAGUAUUCUGAAUGUUUACAUGUGUUUAACAUUAGCCAUUGAAUGCCUUUUUUUAAAAAAAGGCAGGAUUACUCCUACGGUGUAACAGCAAAACGUGAAAUCAACCCAAUCAUAACAUGCAUGGUAAACAAGAACAGGGCGGACGCCCUGAGCAUACAUCGCCAUUUUGUAUCAGCACACAGGCAAGUAAAAGCCUCCUUCAGUCCUCUACCAAAGAAUAUAUUAUUCCCACAGGAAAAACUCUGAAAGGUGUGUAAAAUCCUCAGAAGGGGGAGCAGUUGAUUCAGUAAGACUGCUACAAAUUAAUACUGCUAUGCUUGCUUUGAUACCUGACUAAAUGUGACUGAGUGCAACAAGCAUUUUACAAAAAAAUUUUAGUGUUUUGUUUAGAAUUCAGGGAUCAUGCAUUUUUUAAUGGUGCUGUUUGUUUUUUUAUUUCUUCUUUUCUAUGAAGAAAAAAAGUGUUGCCUACAAAAGUGACUGCUCAUAAUACCAUAAGUUAAAUGAAAUUAAAUGUUUGUCUCCUCAUGUUUCUCUGGUUUUUUCCCCCUUUCUCAAAGUAACAAUUUGGGUUUCAAUAUUAAAAUAUUCUGGAGAAAAUAAAGAAA